AUGUCCUUUCUACCGAGAUCUACUUUCGGGGUCCCCCAUUACUCCCAGAUAGAGUUUGUCAACGAGACCAUUGCCACGUACCGCAACCUCCACUUCGUACCCAAUGUGAAGCCAGAAUCGGAAAAGUGGCACCCGCGUGUUGACCAAUGCUGCAUCGUCAUUCUGGCAAUUGCUUUGAUCGAUCAACGUAUCCACGCCUCCAGCGCCAUCCACCUUACCUUGUUGCUCUUCCAAGCUUUCAUGCUCUGUGUACAAUUGUAUUGCGUGGCGAGAUCGAUUUCGGCAUACCGACGUGAAUUUGAUGAGCGAAAAGGCCGUGGCUACGAUCUCUUCGUUGGACCAAAAUACACGCUCACUCUACCCCCAUUGGAUCAUGGUUCAGACGUUGAGGGAUAUUCCACUGAUCCUGAGCGAAAUAUGCUCGAGGCGUCUAAUUGA